AAAUACUCUGUUCGUUGUCUGUGUAUACAAUCUAUGCACAAAAAUCCUCACUUCCUUAUUUUCCACGUGUAGUACGUAGCUACGUAUAUAGGUUCACAUACAGUACAUGUAGCUGUGCAUUGCCUGGUAGCGAGUAGACCUUAUCUAAAACCUUAUUCAGCUUCAUCGAAAUUAAUCUUUAAAAAUCGACUCAAUCUGAAAGAGAGAAAUUAUUCUUUCGUGAUAAACAUGUCGCUCUCCAAUUAAAUUCAUUAGGAGCAUAAUAGACUCGAUCGUUAUGAGCUGGAGGUCACCUGACUAUGAACACCUUAUUAUCAUUUCGCAGUCCGAGGUAGGUCUAUACUUGUAGUCAUUGCUAUGAUUUAACAGGCGUACAUCUGAGAGCGUAUUUUGCAAUUCAAGAAUUGUUGAGCUGUUUCACCUGACGGGCCCAGUUGGGAAAUUGGAGAGACCAACGAGCUGCCGUGUGAGUUAAAAUACACCCGGUGAAAGUUUACGAGAACGAGUUGGUGAGAGGAAAAUUAUCUGGCGAGAUCGACAAAGUAAAAUACAAGCAACGAUGAAGAACAAAUCAUCCUCCAAGAACUCCAAAGACCCAGCCUCGGCUCUCCCAGAGGCAUGGCAUCGUCAUUACACCGACCAGGAGAAGAGAAUCCUAGUCCAGCUCGUCCUCGACCGCAUUGACAUCAUCGAAAACAACUACACCCGAGACCAGUUUACCCUAGAACUCAAGAAUGUAACUUGGAAAGACAUCGCUGACAGGUUCAACGCCGAUGUACGAUGCAGCCACCAGCGUGACAUCAAACAGAUUAAGAAACUAUGGGACAACAUCAAGACCAGGGCCAAGAGAAUGGUGACGGCUCACAGACUUCAAAAGACGAUGAGAGGGGAACUCCGGGCUGCUUCGUCUGCUGGAGGACUCGAUGAUAGGGACUUGGAUAAUCUAGCAGAAGAUUCGAUUGCAGAGAAGGUUAUUUACUACAUGAAGAUGAUAGCAAAGCAGCAGAACCGAUCAAGCGAUUUCACCUAUGACCUUGAAGAUGAUGAGGAGGCGUCGGAAAUGAUCUAUGCAGAACCGGAUUACGAACCAAUGGCUAAAUCAGAAGACGACGUUAUUCUUUGUGUCGAAGAGCCCCCAUCAUGUCCACCGGCACAAAAACGGUAUGCCUUUGAACCUCGAACAACAGCAGCCGCACGAGAUCCACCUGUACAACACCCAACCUCCCGAGGCCCGCUUCCGGAAGCGCAACCUUCUGAGUACUUAGGUACGAACAUCGGGAGCUACACGGAGCAAGAUGGGGAUUCUCUAACCAGUCUACCGUUCACGACAUCCUCCCAGCAGCAGAUUGUCCAAUCACCAUUUUUAGCCGGUACCCAACAUUUUACCCCAACCGCCACCUCCACUGCUUCAGGCGUAACUAGGAAAACUACUACUUCGACCACACCCAGUCACGCUAGUUACAACGGCGGAUGGGUGGAGGAAAAUUCAGUGAGAACUGUGGAAAGUGCUGUGACUGUUUCCCCCGCAAAGAGGACGUCUCCUAGAAGGGGUCGGCGGACUAUCAAAGGGUUCCAGAAGCAGGAGUGUCAACUGAGAAUUCGAAAACUUCGACUUGAGAUGAAAUAUGCUCGUAUCGAACAUGAAGAGCGAUUGAAAGUCAUCCGAAAACAACGAGAAUUGCUCGAUUCUCUCAAAAAUGAUCCGCCAAGCAUUAUAAAUUCAAUGUUUAAAUGAUGCGAGCUAGCUUCAGUAAGGUAAAGUUCUGAUAUUAUACCAUCCAGACAGAUUGAAGCAGGGUGACAUAACACUGUUAUCACGUCACCGAUUAAUAUCAAUAUCAAUAUUCUUGAGAAACGUUGCAAUGGUUUAAGCCACCUCCACCACGAUAAUUAUUUGGAGCUGUCUUCCGAACAUAAUCUGGAACAAAGAGAGCGCCAAUGGGAGAAAAGUGCGCGAAGUUACAAUACAAAUGGCGAGAAGUGAUAUCAAGUGACGUCUGUAACACUAAUUAGUGUAUUUGAGACUAUCAUAAUGUCGUGUAACCUAUUCUUUAAAGACACCCCCAUACAUGUACUUAAUACCUCAGACCCAACCCUGCUCUAUUCAUCACAAGGUGAAAUAAUAUGAUCCCUUUUUUCUAAGGUCAAAGUUCAAAGUUUAUUUCUACAUUUCCAUAAAAAACCUUAUUAUGAAUCAUCCAGUGUUUUAACAAAAUAAUAAAUCAUCUUGUAAAAUACCAUCUUACAUGAUUUUCUAUUCGAGU